GGUGAAGAGGAUGGUGAUUUUGAGCUUGAAGAAGAAUUUCAUCAAUCAAAUCAGAUCCAAGUUAUUCAAGAUAAUAAUACACAACAAGAAUUGAGCAGUGGUGCUGAUCAACAAGAUGUCGAAAAAACUGUUAAUCCUGAUCAAAUCCAUCUUACCCAAACUAACGAUGAACAAGUGGAUGAAGUUACGAUAGAUGAUGAUACUCACUUCCCACCGAGAGAUAAUGAAAUGAAAUCGAUUCUUGAAGAAAUUGAAAAGCUAGAACAAAGUGAAUCUGUCCAGGUCAAUGAGAUACCAGUUCAGUCUGUUUUAAUAGAUAGAAAUGAUGUUUCAACGUUAGAAAAAAACUCCGAAAUGUCCGCUUCUAUAACUAAAUCUGGCCGUAAAAUUCAUAAACCUAUUUUUUUCAAUCCUUCUUCGUAUAUCGAACCCAAAAAAAAACUUACCGAUGCAAAAGAUCCAUCUUCUGAACCUAAUAAAGCCCCUUCUGAUUCAAAAAAGUCCUCUUCUAAAAGAUCUUUGGAAAAACGUAAUCCGAAAUCUGCAAAGAUCCAGUCUAAAUCUUAUGACGUAUUAAUGGGCUCCGAUAAUAACGGUGAAUCGCUUGAUACUUCCCAGAAUUGUCAGGAUUCUCAACAAAAUUUACCGUCCUGUGAUUCUUCUAAUUCGCCCUUCGACGCGAUAGAUCCUGAACUUGACAGUAUUGUGUGUGAAAUUUGUCACGAAGGUUUGUCCAAGAAAGGAAAUUGGAUCAUUUUGUGUGAUCGAUGUGACACUCCUUAUCAUCAAUUAUGUCAUAUGCCGACGAUCGAUGAUGAUUUUGCUGAUUCCGAUAAGGAAUGGAUUUGUAUGGGUUGUACAAAUUCGCGUACAAAAAAACGUCAAAAAAUGAAUAAUCCUGAGAUGAUUGAUACUUCAGCAAAAAUAUUAACCAGCGAUCAACAAAUCAUUACGCCUAAUACCGAUAUUUCAACCGCCGAAUUGGAUAUUCAAGCUUCAAAUCUUACUAAAGACCAAAUGGAUUUACCUAUUUCUGCAUUAUUGACCAGAGAACAAAAAGUGGAAUAUUUAUCUUCUUUGCCACAAUCCGUUUUAGUAGAUCUCAUACUUUUGGCUGAACAUAUGCAACCAGGUCUCCCAUUGUAUCCGGCGAAUGUUUUACAAAAAUAUUUUCACAUGAAUGAUUCAAAGCAAGAUGAAUUUCAAACAAAACCGGAAUUGGCAACUCCCUCAACCGAAAUGGAUAUUAUGGAAUUGUCGAUACCGACCAACAAUGAUACUGAACGAUCUUCUCAAUUCAAAGAAACUCCUGAAAUAAUGUCCCCAGUUUCUAUUGAUGUUAGCAUGAAUGCUGAUGAAUUUCUCAUUUAUUCAAAUAUGAUAAUAAAAGCCAUCUCUGCAAUUUCUCAGCCAAAUGGCAAUACCGCCCAAACGAUUUACAAUUGGAUAAAAGGAAAUUAUUCUGUGCCUGUGAAUUUUCAACAUACUGCUAAAAAGUAUCUUUCCGACAUGCUUUCAAAAGGAAUUUUAGUCAAAACUUCAAAAGCACACUAUAAACUAAAUCCCGCUUAUAAUCAUGCACCUGUAAAACUAAACUGUGAUGAUUUAUUCAAACCUUUAACCACUAAAAUUUUACAAAGUCCGAGUCAUAAUGGUCAAUCCCCUCGAAAAAGCUUAAAUAAACCAAAUGAUCCUGCGUUAUUAUUAUCCCAAACCUCAAAUGGUCAGGUAAAUCAAGAAUCUUUUCAACAAUCCAUAAGUUUUAAUUGUCAAUUAGAUAAAGGAUUGUCUCAACAGUCCAUAAAUUUCAUCGGGCAAGCAAAUCAAAUAUCAUUCCAUCAAAAAAAUUUGAUUGAAAAAACAAAUCAAGUAUCGCCACAUCAAUCAAAAGACUUAGCUUUGCAAUCAGCUCAAGUAUCAAUCCAGCAAUCUAAAAGUCCUUUACAACAACAUAUAAAUCGGACAUUAUCUAAUUUGCCGGAUCAUGCUUCGUCACAUUCCCCAUCUGGAUCUCAAAAUCCAAAUUUGAUACCAAUUGACAAUCAACUUAAGGAUGCUAAUAUGAUAAGUAGUGAUCAAUUAAACCAAAAAUCUGCAAGAUCUUUGGUGUCUGUAGCUUCUCUUAUGAAUAAUGAUCAAGCACGUUCAGGAUUACGAAUUCCACAAUCAUAUCAAUUGGAUCGUUAUAUUAAGCAAAACAAUAUACAAGCACGUAGUGGUAUUCGUCCUCCAAGUCAAGUUCCUACUGGUUUAAAGAAAAAUAAUAAUCAAUCACGUUCGGAAAUUCCAAGAUCCCAUACUGCAGUUAUGAAUCAUACAUCCAUAGAUAAUAGUGGAAAAGUUCCUAAUGGAAUUUCAUCUUUAAAUCAACGGUUAUCUGCGGUAACAAAUAAUCAUGAUCAAUCGAACAUCGGCAUUCCAUCAAUGAAUUCUUUCUCGCCUCAACAGCAAAGAUAUGCGGCAAUGAAUAACAAUAAUCAAUCGCCUAUUGCUACACGACCUUUACUUCCAAUACCUACGAAUCAAUCAUUUCCCACUGGAAAUACUGAACUUGGUCCUCAAUCUAUGCUUGUACCUCCGAUGCAGCCUAUACAACCAAAUCCACAACAAUCAUGGCCUACUUCGUUCAAUUCAUUUUAUAUGAUUCCUAAUUCUAAUGAAAGUAAUCAAUAUGGAUUAAUGCAAACUUAUUCUUACGGACCAAAUCAAAAUCAAAUUAGUUUUGAUGGUCAUAAUGCAAUGCAUAACUCUUUGAUGAAUGAAAAUCCUAACAAUCAUAACGGCCAACCUAGAAAUAGUCCUUCGACUCCUCAUUUACAACCUAUGGGGCAAAUUGGUCAAAUGGGACAAUCUUUAAGUCAAAGAUAA